AAUCAAAUGCGUUGAAUGAAUGCCACGUCGGUUUGAGUGUGAGCAGCAUCUCACUGCUUUAGUUUUUUUUUUACCAGAAUAAGCAAUAUUAGUUUUCGCAGUUUAUACUGUUGCUGGACGUGGAUAGGUUAGCAGACUGCUGACUGAUUCAUUGCACGGUACGGGCGCGUGCUUUGGCUUUUACGGCAGCACCAGCAGGCGUAAUGAAGACAUUCAGCAAAUCACUAUUGCUGAUUGCUGUUGGGAUCUUAAUGUCCCAGCAGACACGCGCUCACUCCCACCAUCAUCAUGGACAUGGUGAUGGUGGUUGCCAUGGUCACUCCCAUGGUGGAGCGAAGAUGCACCACGGGGCAAGCAAAUGGAGUGCUGAGGCUAAUCUGCCUCAUGCUGAAGAAGAGCAUCACGCACACGAACAUGGGCACACACACGAUCAUGCACACAUUCACGAUCACGGGCAUGCACACAGUCAUGGACACAUUCAUGAUCAUGGACAUGCACACAAGCAUGGACACGCACACAAUCAUGGAGCUGAGAAAUCGAAGAAAGUUGUGGAAGCAGGAAAACGGAACAUGGUGGAGCUCUGGAUGCAGGCAAUUGGAGCCACCCUGCUCAUUAGUGCUGCACCCUUCCUUAUACUCUUCCUCAUUCCAGUCCAGUCAAACACUGACCAGCACCAGAACCUACUUAAAGUGCUCUUGAGUUUCGCAUCUGGUGGUUUGCUUGGAGAUGCAUUCCUUCACCUCAUUCCUCAUGCACUGGAACCUCAUUCUCAUCACAGUCAGCCACACAGCGAGGAGUCACAUGGCUACUUACAUGGUAGUGAAGAGUCACAUGGUCACUCCCAUGGUGCCGCCCAUGGUCACAUGAUGUCUGUUGGUCUGUGGGUGCUAGGUGGCAUUGUUGCCUUUCUAGUGGUUGAGAAAUUUGUUCGCCUUUUGAAGGGAGGACAUUCACACUCACAUUCUCACUCUCCUCCUGCUCCAAAGGCAAAGGAUAGUCAUGAAGAAGAUGACAAGAAAAGAGAAAAGAAGGGAGAGAAAGACAAAGUUGUCUCUCAACAGAAACCUUCAAAGAAAACAGUAGAGACAAGUUCUGGUACAAAAAACGAAUUAUUUGAGUGUCACUGCUUUGUGUUUCUGUUUUGUGUCUAGUUUUCAUUGAAUGGU